UGUGUUGUCUUAUAUUUGAUCGUUGUUUCUGUGUGUAUACAAGGAACCGACCCCUGCAAUCAAACGGGACCGAACGGCCAGUGCUGUGAGCAUUACAGAUGGAACAAAACAACAGGAGAAUGCACUCGGUACACAGGGGAGACGUGCGAUGCAAAAUGUCCUCAUCCAACAUACGGAGUUGCUUGUCAGAGUGUCUGCGCCUGCAAGAUAAUGUUUUGUAACGUUGUGACAGGAUGCCCUGUUACUACAGGUACAACGGUGGAAACGCAGACCAUAUACAAGCGAUUGUCGACGGUGGACUACAAGAGGGACAUCCGCAAUACAGUUACGGCUGGGAAUGAAGUCGAUAUGGUGCUAACUGCGGGUGUGACCAGUCGACAUAUGAUGCUUAUUCCUCCUCGGCACCUGACCCCACUUCUGGUAUACCCAGGAUUCCGUGUUUGUCCAACUCUUGAAUUUGUAUUCCUUGUAGGAACUAUGGUAGACCAAGCUGAAAAACAUAUUGAUCUCCGUGGAUAAUAUUUGCCUCCAUCAGCGGCUUUCUACACCGUACAUGAUAGUCAAACCAGGAUAUCCACUGAUUUCACUUAAUAUGACGUGGCUUGUCAUCUUCAUUUGUACUUAUAAAUAAAAGGAAAUUCU